AAAAGGCAAGCCAAGUCAUCCUUCAUCUCCCUUAAUAAAUCUGCAACUAACUUCAAAGGCCAUAUGAGAUCCAUUAAAGUGUUUUUGGGUCUCUCUUCCUCAUUUGCCCCAUACUGCCGAUCCUUGGGUUAAUGCUAAGAGCCUUCCAACAUGCCAUCCACGAACCGACGCUUCCCCCCGACGCUCCCAAGUUCUUUCUUGAUUGGGCUGUUCAUAAGAGUGAUCAGUUUGAGGCAUUCAAAUAAACGAUACAUGUCCGCCAUGCAUACAAGCUUUUACAAAGUUAUGAUCGACAGAGCAAAAGCACUUACACAGCCGAGCUGCGAUAUCUCACUAGUGAUCUUCGGAUCUUCAGAUCGACAGCACAACUUCAGAAUACCUUCUACAAUCUACUAGAUGUAUGAAUAUAUAUUUUCAGCAUCGCGCGCGCAUUUAUUUCUUCCACUCAAAAUAAGAUCAAUCCGGAUAGCUCAUCACUCAUUUUUCAUUCAUCCCCAGGGUUUGUCGUCGAGACAAAGAUAUUG